GCAGUUCAAAGUCAUCCUUGCCUACAUAGGAAUUUGAGGGGCUACAGGAAACCCUUGUCUCACAAAAGUAAAAAUAAAAACAGUUGAGAGGUGCAGGAUGACCCCAAAGUCAGGAAGACCAUGGCUGUAUUUCUAAGCUGAAAGUCUUCUUAGGAAAUGGUGCUCACUGAAGAUCUUCAGGCCCCCAACCCCCACCGUCUCAUACUCACAUGCAUGUACCCUUUUGGUAUAUCACCAGGAAUAUAGAGCUGGCUGUGGACCACUGGCUGGCCAUUCAGUUCAAGAUGCCUAAAACGGUUCUGUUAAUGGAGGAGGGUGUAUGCCAUACAUUAUUAUUCAUUAACUAAAUGUGUUUCCCAGAUGAGUUCCUCCCAGAAGUGAGGAACUACCACGCUAGGUGGCUGACCACUAGGGAGAGGGUCACUAGUACAUAAGGGGAGGUCUCUCAGUAGAAGCUACUCAGGAUGUGCCAAGUCCCACCCCCAGAGGUGGAGCCAAGACAGCCCUGCUAGCCUGGGCUCCUCCAUCCCUCCAGGAACUCAGGCCAGGGCAGAGUCUGGGCAGACAAGCCUGGUUCCUGUUGUCCCCAGCAUAGAAGCACCAUGCACUCGUUGGCCAGGAUACCAGAUGAGGUCCGAAGCCCUGCAAGAAGAGCUGCUGUGACUCCCUGACCCUCAGAGAAAAGCUCAGCUGGUGAGCACCACCUGUCCCUAACAGCCAUGCAUGCCGACUGCAGCUCCAAGCCUCCCCCAUGCCAAGACCCAAGAUGACACCCAACAGCACCGGGGAGGUGCCCAGCGCCAUUUCCAUGGGGGCUCUGGGGCUCUCCCUGGCCCUGGCAAGCCUCAUUGUUGUCGCCAACCUGCUCCUGGCCCUGGGCAUCGUCAGAGACCGCCACCUGCGCAGCCCACCCGCGGGCUGCUUCUUCCUGAGCUUGCUGCUGUCAGGCUUGCUCACAGGGCUGGCACUGCCCAUACUACCCGGGCUGUGGAGCCACAGCCGCCGAGGCUACUGGCCCUGCCUCCUUCUGCACUUGGUCCCCAACUUCUCCUUCCUCUCCCUGCUGGCCAAUGUGCUUCUGGUACAUGGGGAGCGCUGCGUGGCAGUGUUACAGCCACUCCGGCCCCGGCCCUGUGGGAACAUACAGCUGGCCCUCCUUCUCACCUGGGCCAGCCCCCUGCUCUUUACCAGCCUGCCUGCUCUGGGCUGGAACCACUGGAGCCCCGAUGCCAACUGCAGCUCCCAGGCUGUCUUUCCAGCCCCCUACCUCUACCUCGAAGUCUAUGGGCUCCUGCUGCCUGCUGUGGGGGCUGCUACCCUUCUCUCAGCCCGUGUGUUAGUCACGGCCCACCGCCAGCUACAGGAUAUCCGACGACUGGAGCGGGCAGUAUGCCGCAACGCACCCUCUGCCCUGGCCCAGUCUCUCACCUGGAGGCAGGCCAGGGCGCAGGCGGGGGCCACACUGCUCUUCACACUGUGCUGGGGGCCCUAUGUGGCCACACUGCUCCUGUCAGUCUUGGCCUACGAGAAGCGCCCACCACUGGGGCCUGGAACUCUGUUGUCCCUCAUCUCGUUAGGCAGUGCCAGUGCAGCGGCUGUGCCUGUGGCCAUGGGUCUAGGUAAUCGACGUUACACAGCCCCCUGGAGGGCUUCCACCCAAAGAUGGCUGCAGGUGAUUCGGGGAAGAGCCAACAGGAAUAGUCCAGGCCCCAGCACCGCCCACUACACCACUAACCAAAGCAGCAUUGAUCUGGACUUGAGGUAGAGGAAGGGCUGGGGCUGCCUCCUUAGAGCAUCUGUCCAUCUCACAUGCCCUACUUCAGAUUGGAGCCCCUACCCCAUGAGACCUACCCUAACCAAAUAAAGCUCCUCUGGCCACCACCACUGGAUAUCUCAUCCAGAUUUCAGAAAGGGAGGCAGGCAGACUGACUCAAAGACAGAGCACCAAGGGAGAUUGUACCU